AUGCGGUCGUGGCCGCAGUGGUUUAGCGUUAGGGUUGGUGCAGUGAGGAGUGAAGAGAUGACAUGCACUGUGAGGGAUGGUGUUGUGGGUGCAAUGAAUGAGGGUGGUUCGAUUGAGGUGACUUGUGGUAGCAUGAGUGCCGACCGCAAUGGCGAUUUUGGCACAGGGGAAGAAAGGGUUCGUGAUUUUGGGGAAAAAUGGCUCGCGGUCCAUAGUGAAGGAGAGGGAGAUAAUGGUGAGGUCGUGGUUGGAGGAGAAAUGAAGAGUAUGAGAGGAAGGGAAGGAGGAUGGAGGCGUUGCGAUGGCUUUGCUUAG